CUGGCUCCCGCCCGCCGCGCGCCCCUCCGCUCAGAUGCCGGAGUAGCAACCACUGCCAUGCUCUGAACGGCAGGCAAUGACGCAUCGAUCAGGCGGUCGCUCUUUUGCACUCCUCGCUCCUCCCAUCCGAACUUCGCUUCAUUUUCUAAAUUGCCCGUUGAUUCUUGACGAGGACAUCCGCCCCUCAUGCUUCCCCUACUCCAGAUGCACCCCCAGAUGGUGCAGGGCCCUCCCCAUUUCGACCACCUCCCAUCCUUCCAGUCGCACCUCGAACCCGGCUUCUUCUCCAUCCAUCACCAAUCUCCGCCCUCGAGACCCUCGAAUCCGUAUCAUAAUGCCGACCAGUCGCAGCGUGCGUUUCCCAUCCGUGCCUCCCAGCCGUCUGCCGCCCCUGCUCUCCACCGCAUCACGACCUCCUUUAUCCACGCCCGCGCCUCCAACAACAAUGAGCACUCGCUCCGACGGAAGACCCCCAACGGGACAAUCGACAACGGGUACGAUGGAUCCAUGGCCCAUCUUGCUUCAGGCCCUCCGCCCUUGAAGCAUAUGAUUGUGUCGGCAAACUCAAAGAUCUACCCCACCGCCGUUGUCCAGCGGCCUUCGAACCCGUCUUCAACUGGCCGGCCGCGGCCUCCCCCCAACCCGGGAUGGCCGUACUCGGCCGCCACGGUGACAAAUAGCCCCGACCAGGCAAUCGAAAAUCUGAAUUCGGCGCUUGCGUCGUUUGGUGGAUGGGCCGGCGCGGGACAAACACCGGCUCGACAGGACCACUCUCCCGGAGACCAUGCGCAUGCACCCCUUUUGCAGUCUAUGGCCCACCAUAACUACCCGCCUGCCCCGGCCAUGCAGCCCAUUCUUGGGCCUGGCUAUCAUCAAAACCUGAGCCCCGCCGUGUUCAGCCCUGCAGGAUUCCAGCAAUCUCCAGUUUGGAGAGACGGGGGCCUGUCCGACUACCGCCCGUCUGCUCCCCUUGCUGCGGGCUUCAUCCCCCAGAAUGCGGCCGUCGACAGUGCAUUCAUGCCUUCGCAACCGAUGAUUCACCCCGGACAUGCUAACGGCCCGCUGCUAGGGCAUACCCAACCGUUCAGAACGCACCUCUCCAGCCAUCCUCUCGACGACGGAUUCUCCCGCUACGGGCAGGGCCAUCCCGUGGUGAACACCACCCAUCACAGACUAGAGGCACUCUCUUUAGGCUCAGGUAACCCCCGGGCCCCGCAGAGCACGAUACGCGAGGGUUCGUCAAAUGCCCGGUUUAAGGAACGGGCGCUUGCGCAGGCCCACCAGACAUAUGCCGAUCUUCUGGUCUAUCUUAGCCACUCCAGGAAGACUCACAGCAAGCCAGGAUUGGGGUCACGAUCUUCGUCCAAGAUGGUAGUCUUUCCUAGGCCACCCAAGCAGCUGAGCUCAAGUUUGAGCCAGGCCCGACCUCGGCCGUCCCAUACCCUUACGGACCCUGCGGCCAUAAACCCUCAGAACCUCGUUCGAAAGCCGCCCCAUCCGGCCCGGGCCUUCACCUUUGGUGGACGUCCGACUGACCCUCGUUCGAUGGGGGUUCCCGAUGGUGUUGUGGGUCAGCAUGCGGGCGUCCAUACCGCCGUUCCGGCCGAGAUAUUAGGCAACCCACGCAUGCAUAACCGUGUUGACAGUCUUUACGCAAACGUUGGCCAUCGAGCUCAUUCCCACGGUGUGAGCUCGCCCCUCGUUAGUGCUAGAGCUUCGCUUGAGGUGCUGUCGAAUCUUUGCGAGCACAGCGGCUGGAAAUGGGCCGAUGGGAUGUUACUCGGUGGCUGUCUGCAUUACGGACUUGAACACUACGAGGAGGCACUUGAGUGGUUCAAGCGCAUCAUCAGUUUAGAUGAGAGUCACGUCGAGGCUAUCUCGAAUAUUGCAGCAACGCUGUACUGCCUGAAUCGGCAGGAAGAGGCCGAAAAACAUUGGGCACGGGCAGUCAAGAUACGCCCGAGCUAUUUGGAGGCAGUUGAGCACCUUGUCGGACUCCUUUGUUCGAACCAGCGAAGCCAAGAAGCGGUGAACAUUGUCAACUUCGUUCAGCGAGUUCUAAGGAUACCGCGGCCAGGGGUGGCCCGUGACCAGGCCAGCGAAACUGCCAGUGAGACGGACAUGUCAUCAACUGCCUCAGCAGCCGACCAUGCAUCCGAUUCCUUCGCUCUAGAUACCGACAAGGACAGUCCAGAAAUUCCCUUCUCCAGCCUUGACACGGGCAACAACCAGCCCGGUUUUGGCUCCAGUGGCUAUGCGAUCCCAGGGAGCGAGAAUGGCCGGAUGCUCCUUCUUAUCCACGCCAAGGGCAACAUGCUUUAUGCGCUGAAGGAUGUUGAUCGGGCGUCUGAAGCUUUCGAGGAAGCGGUUCUGAUCAGUACCGGACGAAAAAUACGACGAGUGCAGUCCCUCAUUCACAUGAUACAAAUGGUACUAGCCCCGAAAGAUGCUCAGGGAUUGCCGUCACGGAACUAUGCACAAAAGGCGCUCGCAGAUCCGCUAUUGCUACCUCCUGAGAAAGCCAAGCACACAGCCCAGCUGGUCUUCUCGUCCAACAAUGGUCAACUUCCCGGUCUUCGGUACAUUCCGGGCGGCAGUCACAAGAAGGCGGCGGUUUCCACGACGAGCAAUUCUCUACUCUCUCUCGCCAAGAUUUUCCAGGACGCCAUGUCUACUGGAGGCUCAACCCCUGGACUCAUGAGACAGCCGACAGGGAUUGGGGAUAUCCUAGCUCUGUAUUACUUGUCACUGUCUCUGCAAGAAAGCCCGUCUACCGCCAAUAACGUCGGCAUUCUUUUGGCCAGCGUUCAGCAGCCCGUCUCGCAACCUCCGGCGGCUACCGAGGCCGCCCUAUGCCAGAAUAUCCCCGGCAUUGUCCCAGGCAGUGGGCUUGCGCUCGCCCUGGCUUAUUAUCACUAUGGAUUGUCGCUUGACCCUAAGCACGUGCAUCUCCAUACGAACCUGGGGAGCCUUCUGAAGGACAUCGGGCAGCUCGAUUCCGCGAUUCACAUGUACGAGAAGGCCGUCCAGUGUGACGGCAACUUUGACAUUGCCCUCACGAACCUUGCAAACGCGGUCAAAGACCGAGGUCGCAUCAACGAUGCGAUCAUGUACUAUAGGCGAGCCGUCAACUCGAACCCGGACUUUGCCGAAGCUGUUUGUGGCCUCUCGACUGCUCUCAACUCGGUCUGCGAUUGGAGGGAUCGCGGUGGCGUGGUUCUGUAUGGUGGAAAGUACGAUCGCUGGCAUGUCGACGGAACGGGGAUGCUCACAGAUGUCCGGACCCAGAGACAGGGGAGCGGCCUGAUGAAGCGAGUCGUCGACAUGGUUGGCAGACAACUGAAGGAUGCCUCGUCCUGGGGUUGCGGGUCCCUCCAGGAAGACACGCUAUUGCAGCUAGCCUCGCAACUCAACGACGUCAGGUUUAGCUUUGGUGACGGCUCUGUCGAUGUCGUUUCGGAGCUGCGCCGAUGGGCUGGCCGGCCAUGGGAAGGUUCCCGAAUCCUUCGCCUGAUCGAACGUUUCUGUCGGGUUGCCAUGCGAGAUUGGUACCUUGACAAAUACGUACGGGGUGUCCAGUCUUCAGCCGGCUACCUCCGGCCGAGACUUCCUGCCAGCUUGUCAAUCCCAUCCGCCCCCACGGUCCUCCCCUUCCAUACAUUCACCUGCCCCUUGAGGGCCAAAGACAUCAGGAUGAUCUCCCAGCGGAACGCGCUUAGGAUAUCGUGCUCCACGCUCCGGUCACCCUGGCUCCCGGCAUCGGUAUAUGAGCCACCUAGGCCACCCAGUCCUCAGUUGAACAUUGGCUACGUGUCAUCCGAUUUCAACAACCACCCCUUGGCACAUCUGAUGCAAUCUGUCUUUGGUUUUCAUGACCAAAAGCGAGCCAAAGCGUUCUGCUAUGCCACCACAUCCAGCGACAGAUCAAUACACCGCCAGCAGAUCGAGCAGGAGGCCCCUGUGUUCCGAGAUGUGAGCAACUGGUCAUCCGACAGGCUGAUUGGCCAAAUCGUCGAGGAUGAAAUCCACAUCCUGGUCAACCUCAACGGCUAUACGCGCGGCGCUCGCAAUGAGAUAUUUGCAGCUCGCCCUGCUCCCAUCCAGAUGUCAUUUAUGGGCUUUGCGGGCACUCUUGGUGCGGAGUGGUGCGAUUAUCUUCUAGCCGAUGAGACCGCCAUCCCGCCCUCGACGUUGCGGCCCCAUCGCAGUAACCUGAGUCUCAAGGACGUGUUCCGCGACGAAGAAGCCUCUGAGACUGACGGCUGGAUUUAUUCGGAGAAUAUCAUCUUCUGCAGAGACACGUUCUUCUGUUGUGAUCACGCCCAAUCCGCUGACGGGUCUGGCGACAGGGCCAUGUCGUGGGAAGAAGAACAGCGAAGGCGGUGGAAAAUGCGAAAGGAGUUGUUCCCAAGCCUUCCGGAUGACAAAAUCAUCAUGGGUAAUUUCAACCAGCUCUACAAGAUUGAUCCCACCACAUUUCGGACUUGGCUUCGCAUCCUUGACGCCGUUCCUAAUGCUGUUCUCUGGCUCCUUCGAUUCCCCGAACUUGGCGAGAACAACUUGAAGCGGACUGCAAAGCAAUGGGCGGGAGAGGAGGUUGCGAACCGCAUCGUCUUCACCGAUGUUGCUCCGAAGCAGCAGCACAUCUCGCGAGCAAGGGUCUGCGAUAUCUUCCUCGAUACCCCCGAGUGUAACGCGCACACCACCGCAGCCGAUGUUCUAUGGUCUAGCACGCCCCUUCUCACCCUCUCCAGAUACCAAUAUAAGAUGUGCUCGCGCAUGGCUGCAUCGAUCCUGAAGGGCGCCCUCCCCAAGGGGCCCGAGGGCGACCGGGCGGCCGAGGAACUCAUUGCGACCGACGAGGCCGAGUACGAGGAUCUCGCUAUCAAGUUGGCCUCGAGCCUGUCAUACAGCACCGCUAAGGGCUACGGCGAGGGCUCUGGGAGGUUGUCCGAGUUGAGGCGACUACUCUGGAGAAGCAAGUGGAGCUGCGCCCUCUUCGACACUCGGAGAUGGGUUCGUGAUUUGGAGGAUGCUUACGAAGAAGCAUGGCGCCGCUGGGUUGCCGGCAAGGGAGGCGACAUAUACCUAUAGAUCUUGUGUCGCUCGGCGUUGGCCAAAUCGGUGCGCAAGCAGCCGAUUCCGCGUUUUAUCUGCUUCUUCCCUCCGGCGCU